ACGAUAUAGCUUGGUCACUUGCUAAACUGAGUGUUGAUAGCAGGAAUCAUCAGAUCAGUGCGUGGUGACUGCUUUCGAACUAAACCAACUAGCUCCAGCUUGCUACAAUGGAAAUGUAUCGCGAGAAAUCACGAGAACGUAGCAACAAGACAACAAAAAUAAAUUUGUGGACAACAAGCCGGAGUGCAUGAUGGCGGCGUUGCUGCUACGCCGGGACAAGAAAUCUACAGCUGCCCAGUUAAAGGCAGAUCUUAAUCGGACUGACAACAGCUUUGGUGUCCGACAACUUCAAGAACUGCUUGAUUGUGUCCUUAAUCCAGAAAAACCAGCCGCAGACACCGAAGCACUUGACUGGUGUAAAUGUCUAAUAGCAGGGGGAGAAGGUUUCGAGGAGUUCUGCAAAACGGUCCGGUCCUAUGACAACGCUACUCUAUGUGGCUUGGUUUGGACAGCCAAUUUUGUGGCAUACCGCUGUCGGACCUGUGGUAUUUCUCCUUGUAUGUCACUCUGUGCAGAGUGUUUUAAUAACGGCGAUCACACAAGCCAUGACUUUAAUAUGUUUAGGAGCCAGGCUGGUGGGGCCUGUGAUUGUGGAGACAGUAAUGUCAUGCGAGAAACUGGAUUUUGCAGACGGCAUCGGUUAAGAACCGGAGAGAAUGUCCCCUCAGUGCCCAGAGAUUUACUACUGAUGUCAGAGAUGGUCCUACCUCGCUUCAUUAUCUGUAUCAUACAGUACCUAAGAGAUGGAUACACUGAACCAGACACAUCAACUGAGAGGGACCUACAGAAGGUCUUACAACAGCUUGAGGCUCAGAUCUCUUUCCUAGAAGAUCUGACGAAAAUGGGCGGGGCAAUGAGAACUGUGCUGACAAAGAUUCUAACCAAUCAGGAAACAUUCAAGGACCUGAGCAUGGGUCAAGAGGGGAAUUUAUAUGCGAAAAACAACUACGAAAAGUACCUGUCAGCACUGAAGAACUCCGGGCUGGUGUCUGUAGAGGAAAAGGCCCAGGCAGAGUCCUCUGCUGAGGCAGGAGAAGGGGUUAGCACUGGGCCUCUUGGCUUACUGGGCGCCGCAGCACCAGUCAGCCCGGAUGAGCCCAGUAAAGAGGAUGAUCAAGAUGGGGAGCAAUCUGUAGGACAGAGAAAGAGAGUGAAGCUUAGUAGCACUACCAAAGAUCCAUCCAUAAUGGACUCUCUGAAACACAAAUGUUUUCUGGAGGAGUUGCUUUUUUGGACAAUAAAGUACGAGUUUCCUCAGAAGAUGGUUACUUUUCUUCUGAACAUGCUGCCAGAUCAAGAUUACAAGAUCACUUUCACGAAAACAUUUGUUCAACAUUAUGCAUUCAUUAUGAAAACGCUGAUGAAAAGCCACGAGUCAGAUACCAUGUCCAACCGCAUUGUACAUAUCAGUGUCCAACUGUUCAGCAAUGAAGAGUUGGCACGUCACGUGACCGAGGAGUGUCAAUUACUCGACAUCAUGGUCACUGUCCUCCUCUACAUGAUGGAGAGUUGCCUUAUCAAAAGUGAACUUCAGGAUGAGGAGAACAACCGCCAUGUGGUGGUAAACUGCGGCGAAGCUCUACUGAAGAACAACACUUACUGGCCUUUAGUUAGCGAUUUCAUUAAUAUUCUCUCACACCAAAGUGUCGCUAAGAAGUUUCUGGAGGACCACUCGCUGCUCAUGCUCUGGAUGAGCUUUGUGUCCUUCUUUCAAGGUAUGAACUUGAAUAAGCGAGAGUUGAGUGAGCACGUGGAGUUUGAGUCCCAGACAUACUAUGCAGCAUUCGCCGCAGAGUUGGAGGCCUGCGCGCAACCAAUGUGGGGUCUACUAACACACUGCAAAGUCAAAGAGACACAGGAAUACACCAAAACAGUGGUGCGCUACUGCCUGGAGACCUUGCAGAUCUGGUUUGAUGCCAUUGGGUUUGUGGAUGAGCCGGCUCCAAAUCAAGUGACCUUUCACCUGCCGUUGCACCGCUACUAUGCCAUGUUCCUAAGCAAGGCAGUGAAGUGCCAGGGUCUUGACCUGGACAGUCUCCUUCCAGACCAAGAGAUGCUAAUGAAGAUUAUGGUCCAUCCACUCCAGAUUCAGGCGAGCCUGUCUGAGAUCCACAGUAACAUGUGGGUCAGAAAUGGUCUGCAGAUUAAAGGACAGGCCAUGACAUACGUGCAGUCUCACUUCUGUAACUCAAUGAUCGACCCAGACAUCUUUCUGCUACAGGUGUGUGCGUCGAGGCUAGAUCCUGACUACUUCAUAUCCUCAGUGUUUGAGCGAUUUAAAGUGGUUGACCUCUUGACCAUGGCCUCCGUGCACCAGAAUGCUGUUCUGGACAGUGAACAGGAGAGGCCAAUGUUGGAGGGAGCUUUGACAUUUCUUGUCAUCUUGUGCAGUCUUCGCAUCCACUUGGGCAUGGCGGAUGAUGAGAUUCUCAGAGCCGAGAUGGUCUCUCAGCUGUGCAUGAAUGACCGCACCCACAGUUCACUUUUGGACCUCAUUCCCGAGAAUCCAAACCCCAAAAGUGGGAUUGUGCCAGGAAGCUGCAGCUUUGAGGAGAUGCUGUCUGCUGUGGCUGACUUUAAAGCCCCUGUGUUUGAGCCUGGGGGUUCCAUGCAGCAGGGCAUGUACACACCUAAAGCUGAGGUGUGGGAGAAGGAGUUUGACCCCAUCAUGGUUGUUCUAAGAACUGUGUACCGUCGUGAUGUCCAGUCAGCAAUGGAUAGAUACUCAGCAUUCUUGAAGCAGUCCGGGAUGCACACGACAGGGAACCCGUGGCCCCCGUACAAGGAGCGCACCCCCCUACACCCGUGUUACCAAGGCCUGGACCGGCUGUUGCACUGCAAGACCCUGCACAUUGUCAUCUUCACCCUGCUUUACAAGAUCUGGCUGGAUCACUCCAACAUGUCUGAGCACGUGCUGUGCAUGGUGCUGUACCUGAUUGAGCUGGGCUUGGACAACCAGGUUCAAGACGACAAGGAAGAUGAGGAGCCCUGCAUCGAGGAGCACUGCCAUGACAGCUGGUUUCCUGGCAGCAACCUCCUGUGCAACCUGCACCAUGUCAUCAACUACGUGAGGGUGAGGGUGCCCGAAACGGCCCCCGAGGUGAAGCGAGACCGAGAGCCCCCUCCCAGCACCAGCGCUGAGGCGUCCAGUUUUGGCCAGAAUUCUAGGCGUCUGACUGGAAAUUGGAGAGAGAAUGUCCGGGAGGCGCAGGUGUUCAGCCUCGUGGCGGAGCGCAGGAGGAAGUUCCAGGAGAUCAUCAAUCGGAGCAGCAGCGAGGCCAGCCAGGCAGUCCGGCCCAAGAGCGGCGCCACGCGCUGGGUCCCACCCGGCACUCCCCCACAGCUGGUCACCGAGAUCCUGGAGAUCCGCGAGAGCAUGCUCUCCCUGCUCAUUAAGCUGCAUCAGAAGCUGUCGGCCAAGCAGAACUCCCUGUCUGCCACCUGGCUGGAGGAUGCCGGGGCCGACAGCCACGCCCACGGUGACGGCAUCACCGCCAUCGAGCGCAUCCUCACCAAGGCGGCCACGCGCAGCCGUCAGAGCAAGCGCAGCAUCCAGGAGAUCUGUGGGAAGGUCUCGCCUCCCGUCGCUCCGAAGAAGAACAGCCCGACUGACCGGAAGACGGAUAAGGAAGAGAGGCGUCUGAGGGCUCGGGAGAGACAGCAGAAGCUGCUGGCUGAGUUUGCCUCCAGGCAGAAGAGUUUCAUGGAAACCGCCAUGGAUGUUGAAUCCCCGGAUGCUGAAGCAGCCAUGGACCUGGGUGCUUCGGAGGUGAUUGAGUCUGAGGUACUCUAUGACUGUGUGAUCUGUGGUCAGAGUGGCCCUUCCACCGAGGACCGGCCCACAGGCCUAGUGGUUCUCCUCCAGGCAUCCUCAGUGCUGGGACACCGAUGCAGGAGCGACGAAGCAAAGAAACUGCCAACCACCGACGAGGAGCACAUCUACCCAGGAGACACGUGUGGGGCUGCUCACGACGUCAGACUCUCGCUCAUGCAGCGCUUCUUCAAAGACAGUUCCUGUUUGCAGUCUGUGUCAAUAGGCUGGGACGGAGGUGUAUAUGUUCAGACAUGUGGACACACCCUGCACAUAGACUGCCACAAGUCCUACAUGGAGUCCCUUAGAAAUGACCAGGUGCUGCAGGGCUUCUCGGUUGAUAAGGGCGAGUUCACCUGCCCGCUGUGCAGACAGUUUGCCAACAGCGUGUUGCCCUGCCGCCCGGGCCGGAGCACCGAGGCGGUCAGCUGGCACAUGCCCAACAACAAGAAGACCUCUGUGUUGGUGAAGGAGGUGGCAGACCUGCAGGAGCAGCUGGGCCUUUUCCCAGUAAGCACCGCUACGGAGUCCAACCUGAGUAAAGAGAUGGAGUUGGUCAUCAAGGACAUCAAGAACACCACCCAGCGGAAGUACAUGGACUACGGCAGGAAUCCCGGUUCCCCUGACAACGACUUCCUCUUCAUGUACUCUGUGGCCAGGACCAACCUGGAAUUGGAGCUUGUGCACCGUGGAGGGAACCUGUGUUCCGGAGGAGCCAGCGCUACAGCGAAGCGCUCCUGUCUCAAUCAGCUCUUCCAUGUGCUCGCCAUGCACAUGCGUCUGUACAGCAUUGACUCGGCAUACAACCCCUGGACCCGGUUAACCCAAGUGGCUCCCAGCAGAGAAGAAUGUCUGGAUGAUGACAGGCCUGAGGUACCCAUGCUGUUCAGAGACUGCCCGUCCCUGCUGAUCAUCUUUGUGUUGACCAUGCCACAGCCGCUACGCAAAGAACACUUUAUCUGUCUGGUGAGGAUGUUGUACAACCUGCAGUACACCCAGGCCCUGGCUGCUCUGUCAGCCAAGUUCAGCCCCGAGGAGAGGCAGGCCUGGAGCACGUCUGGUGCUCUCAAGAAGAACACUUUCAACGCUGAGAAGUCCUACGAAGCUCUACUCGGCCAUGUCAUCGCUGAGCUGUCCAAAGAGAAGACGGUCUAUGAGGUUAACACUGAAGAACCCUACAUGCUGAGCUCCAGUGUGUGGUCCCCACAGUCCAUAGAGUACAGCCUGCAGCAGUUCUGUCUGCCCUACCUCCGCCUUUCCUGUCUCCUUCUGCACCACCUCUAUGGGGACAACCUGUCUGGCUGCUCGGAGGAGGAUGAGUUCUCAAGCCUGGCCACCUGUGUAGGGCUCCUGGCCCCGGCCCCUCAACCAUCCAACCCCAUGCAUAGUGCCGCAUGUCUGGACUGGAUGGUCAACGCAUUCGACCUGAUGACCCAGUGGUGCUCGGAGGUCACAGGGCUUUCUGACACUCAGGCAGAGCAGUCAAUGACUUUGCUUGUCCAGGAUCCACAGUGGGCGUCUCCCCACCUUCUCUGUUUACCUGACAACUACAACAUCAUCUUCCAGUACUACCACAGGAAAGCCUGCACUGCCUGCAAAAAGGUGCCAAAGGACCCAGCGCUCUGCCUCGUCUGUGGGGCCUUCGUCUGCCUCAAAGGGCUGUGCUGCAAGCAGCAGGGGAUUUGUGAAUGUGUUUUGCACUCUCAACACUGCGGCGCAGCGACAGGCAUAUUCCUUCUGAUCAAUGCCUCUGUCAUCAUCAUCAUCCGUGGGCAUCGCUUCUGCCUGUGGGGCUCUGUUUACCUGGAUGCCCAUGGAGAGGAGGACCGCGAUCUACGUCGUGGCAAGCCCCUGUUUCUGUGUGAGGAGAGGUAUAAAGUGCUGGAGCAACAGUGGGUGUUGCACACCUUCGAUCACAUCAACAAGCGCUGGGGUCCUCACUACAACGGACUGUGAGGUCACCUCGAGCCACACCUGGUUGGAAAUGGCUCUUUGGCUUAAGUGUCUGCCUCUGUAAAAACGUAUAGGAAUCAUGUGAUCUAAACGAACACGAAGAGGGUUUUAUUGCCACAGCUUUGGGUUUAUGUGGAGUUUGGUGUACAAUCAUGCGUAAAGACUAACAGUGUGUGUGUGUUUUAUUUAAGUGAUUUACUGUGUGGAUUUCAACAGGAAGAAACAGAAUUUGAUAUGCUUAAAGUUAAAGCACAACUUUGCCCAGGAAACCGAUUAUUUUGGAAGAGGUUUUGUAGACAAAUAUUGUUUAUUCAUCUCAAAAUACUCAUUGUAUAUUUGUACAAUGAUUGGCUAAAUUAAUGAGUUUGAACUGCUGAAUAUUUCAAAGAUAUAUAUAUAUAUAUGAAGACAAUUCUGCCCCUCUAAGGUUACUGAUAAUCAUCUUUGACACCCUGUGUGAUUUGAUCUAUAUCCCUAAUUUUUUAGUCUUUGUACUGCUGACAUUUAUUUUUUAGCUCCUCAUCAGUGUAGCGAUGUUAUUGCAAAUUCUCAGUGAGUUUGUUGGGACGUUAUGGUAGGCGACACAAGUCCACACAUCAACACAGAGUUUAUUGCCGUCAAACAAAGGCUCUUUUAGGGUCUAGUUGCAAUUCAUCCUCAGGUAUUUGUUUUUGCUGUAGUUUAAAAUAUAAUGUUUUUAAUUUUUAAAUAAAUGCUGCUGCUCAUUGUUUAAAUAAGUAAUUUAACCUUUUGUAAAGAUGUUUUUGUUUUUCUAAGAAGUUAAGGCUUUACAUUUAUGGUAGGUGACUGGCAACAGGUUGUUGAUUCCAGCUGACUGCGAGGUUGAAGGAGACACUGCCAUCAUCUCUAUUAGUCUCUGCAGUCCUGCCUUUCACUAAGCCCCUGGCUCGGGUCCCUGAGGAACUGUCCACUCACCAGUCUGGCCACAGCAGAGUACAAAGGAAAGACUUGUGAAAUAUCCCUGUCUACUGAUAUUGGCGUACUUACUUCCCAUCCCCCAUUGCCUCCAAGGCUCAGAAUGUCAAGGUCAACAAGUUAUUGUACUGAUGAUGUUCUGUAAGCGAUUUGGAGUAGUUUCAAGAUUUCUGCAGCUUCUGAUGUUUUUUGUACUUUGGCAGUAGUCAUUGAUUGUACUCUGGCCUCAUGAUUUUCACAUUUUCUCUUAGUUGUUCUGUAUAGUUAUUGGAAAUCGAUUGGGACAUGUUAAUGGGCACGUAAUGCAAGACUUCAUUUAUGAACAACUGAAGGUAAACAAGUAUUGGGAAAUUAUUGAAAAUACCAUUUUGUCUCUUCAAAAUGUUAUUUUUCUGAAUCAUUAAGAUCUUAUUUAGUUGGUUUUGAAAUGUGUAAUAGCUUUAAACUUAACAAACGGAUGUCCUGCACCUAAUCCACACUUGUGUUGCAAUAUAUUAUUUUAUAUACUGUCAAAUAACCAAUCCGUUCAUUUGUAUGCUUUUGGUUGCCAAAAGCCAUAAAUACAAGAUAUUUAUAAGGAAGACUGUUUCCUCUUUGCCUAUAUUUUUACCAAGUUGAAAUCAGUAAUUCUUUGGGCCCAUGGACGCAUUCCAACGUUAUAGACAUCAGACUUCAAAACUGACAAUUUAUAAUGUGCAUGAUGCUGUUUUAGUCACACUUGAGUUUAGUGUCUUACAUUCUUUCUUUCAAUUCCCAUUUCAUCAACCGGAAGAGUAGAUACUUAUCCAGUUGUGCCUAAAAGAUUAGUGUUACAUUUUAGUGGAAGCACUGCACAUCCAUAUCCCUCGGUGAUUGGAUUUUUUAUUGUUAUUUCUGGUCCACAUCAUGCUUAAAGGAGGAAUAUUUUAGGACUAAAGAACACUUGAAAUAUUUUUUCAUAAAUCCAUGCAUGCUGCUUAUAGGUUUAUUCUUGAGUUUCCCUUCCCUAUAUAUUUUUUUUUGUUGUUUUUUUGCUGUCUCCUCUUUGUAUGUGACCGCAACAGAAUAUCCAAUGAGUGAUGGGGUGUAUAUUCUAAUUGAAAGCUCUGUGUGUUCUCCUGUAUGAAUGAAAAUAUGGAAGAAUACAGUACAUUACUGUAGGUGCUGAUUCAGACUUUCUGAGUUGGGUCAGAAAGUGUGACUUAGACAUUUAUUGCAAAAUGUAACAUAUGUGAAUAAAAUAUAAACACACUGA